ACUGUUCUCAUGUGUAUGGCACCUCAGCACGUUCCUUGCUUGUUUUUUUUCUUCUUCUUUGUUUAUAUAGCAUCAGUUUUUUGACUUCUUUCACGACAAGAAGAUAAGCGGGAGGAGAGGUGAAAUGACUAGGUUGCCACUUGAGUCGUCGCCGAUUAACAUCGCCGGUCCGGAGACAAACUGGUGGGACCACGUCAACGAGUCCGUUCAGUGGCAAGAUGGGAUUUUCUACUCCCUUUGUGCUUCCUAUGCUCUUGUUUCAGCCGUUGCCCUAAUUCAAUUAAUAAGGAUCGAUUUGAGGGUACCCGAGUAUGGUUGGACAACACAAAAGGUGUUCCAUCUGAUGAACUUUGUUGUGAAUGGAGUUCGUGCAAUUGUCUUUGGAUUUCACAAACAGGAUUUUCUGUUCCAUCCUAAGGUGCUGACUCUGGCAAUAUUGGACCUACCAGGUCUCCUUUUCUUUUCAACAUUCACACUCCUUGUUCUAUUUUGGGCUGAGAUAUAUCACCAGGCUAGGAGUUUACCAACAGAUAAGCUCAGGAUUUCUUAUAUUGCAAUAAAUGGUGCAAUAUACUUCAUUCAGGCCUGUAUCUGGGUUUGCCUCUGGGUCAAUGACAAUAGCACAGUGGAAUUCAUUGGGAAGAUAUUUAUAGCAGUUGUAUCAGUUAUUGCAGCCUUGGGCUUUCUGCUCUAUGGUGGAAGGUUAUUUCUCAUGCUGCGGCGCUUUCCUAUUGAAUCUAAAGGGAGGAGAAAGAAGCUUCAUGAGGUUGGAUCUGUGACUGCCAUAUGUUUCACCUGUUUCCUCAUUAGAUGCUUUGUGGUUGUGUUAUCUGCUUUUGAUCCUGACUCAUCUAUUGAUGUCUUGGACCAUCCUGUUUUGAAUCUGAUAUACUACCUGCUGGUAGAAAUUCUUCCUUCAGCUCUUGUGCUCUACAUCCUGCGAAAAUUGCCUCCAAAAAGAGUGUCUGCACAAUACCACCCAAUCAGUGCUCUACAUCCUGCGAAAAUUGCCUCCAAAAAGAGUGUCUGCACAAUACCACCCAAUCAGUUAGCUGCAGCAGAAUUUUAUCAAAAAGAGUGUCUGCACAAUACCACCCAAUCAGUUAGCUGCAGCAGUUUAUCGUCAGUCGUACACUUUCCCAUGGUUGCUGCAGAAGCUAGGUGAAGUUCUUCAGGAAAAGUGAAACUGCAAAAAGGAUAUUCAGUUGCAAUAAUUUUUUGGAAAGGUCAAAGAUUCAAAUCUUUUUCGCAGUUGUUAAACAGAGGUUAAGCUGUUUUACUUACAUUAUAUUGUUUCUGUGGUUUAGAUUGAAGCAUGAGACGAAUAAUUGUUCCCCAAGUUUGUGAAAAAUAUCCUAUUCAUGAUGUAAUGAUGCAGACUGCACGGAUACAACUUUCAAAAUUAUAUUAAUGGCAAUGUCGACUUUUUGCGGUUCAAAA